CCAUUUUGUUGCAGUUUGAAUCAGAACAGCUGUUCUGCUUUGUUGUGUCUUUGUUGUGUAUUUCGGAGAUUUGCGAGAACGGUGGAAAAUAGAAGCAGUCUCCACAGCAACAAUGAGCGGGUCCAGUUCAGCUCUCACGCUGCGGUGCAAGUCCAAGAACGGGCAGCACCUCAUGAAGGGGCUGACCACGCAGUCGACGGUCGCCGACCUCCAACGCCUUGUGGCCGAGCUCACCAACAUCCCGAAAGAGUCCCAGAAGAUCCUGAUCGGCUUCCCUCCUCACCCCAUCAAGUUCGACGGAGAGGCCGCGCCACUCAACAGUUUACCCAUAUGUUCUGGGGACACGUUGGUGAUAGAGGAAGACAGGAGCAAGACAGCGGCACCAGCACCAGUACCGGCAAAACCGCGUACAAUCCCGACGAGCAACAGCAAUUUCAGCCUGUCAGGGCAGGGCGUGAUGACGCGGAAAGUCGUGCCGGCAAACAACUCCUGUCUGUUCACAGCGAUCGGUUUCGUGAUGGAGGGAGGCGUCAUGGACUUGUCGCGCGCGACGCAGAUGCGGAAUCUCAUCGCCGAUGUGGUUGCCGCCGAUUCCGCUCUUUACAACGAGGCGCUCCUAGGCAAGAGCAACGCAGAGUACUGCGCGUGGAUUCUGAACUCCGAGAGCUGGGGAGGCGCUAUAGAAGUCUCCAUCUUAGCCAAAGUCUACGAGACUGAAAUAGACGUUGUGGACAUCCAGUCUUGUAGAGUAGACCGCUUCGGGGAAGACAGUAGGUACGACCAGCGUGUUCUUCUGCUGUAUGACGGGAUCCACUACGAUGCUCUCUACCUGGAGGCGCUGGAUCCUAACCUUCCACCGAAGACGAUCUUCCCGACAACUGAUGACUCCAUCCUGGCGCUAGCGCAGGAGUUCGCCACCGAGGCCCGCAGCCAACGGCAGUUCACGGACGUGUCGGGUUUCACGUUGCGGUGUCUGGUGUGUAACACGUGUCUGACGGGACAGAAACAAGCCCAGGAGCACGCCACGCAGACGGGGCACAUCAACUUUGGCGAGGUGUAACUACUGUACACAUUGAAGCAAUCAAUACAGAUAACUUAUUUUGAAAUGCUCGCACAGUGUAUGGUUAGGCUAUUCUAAUCUCCAAGCAGAUCCUACAGUAGCAUAAGAUAGCAUCAAAAGCUGGCAGAGGAGUGAAGCUGGCCUAGGAGUGUGUUUUGCUACCAGGGCAUAAACUCUUCUACUAGUAGGCCCUCUACCGUAGGAUCUGCUUGAAGAUUAUGGCUAUUCCAGUAAUACACUGAUCCCGUGCAUAGGCCAGCCCACCUCUGUCAAAAUGUAGAAAUGUGAAAUAGAAACAUAAAUAUGCAACCAUUUGACAGAUGUGUAGCCACUGCUAUUUGUGAUGGACAGUCAUGAUCAGGAUCUGUCUAUUGUCCCUGAGUUGCAAGUGAAAUCCAGAAGACAAUUGUACACUUAAGUUUGAAAACUUGUAAAAAAUUGGACUCCUCAAUGUUUUAUAGGGAAAUAUCACCCAACAAGUUAUAAACCCAGAACUGGCAGAAGACACUCUUUAUCUGGAAAACUUUACUUGUUCUUAGUACAUGUAGAUCAACCAAUUU